AAAACUACUGACGACAUCAAAACUGACCUGGCAACCCUGUUCUCGGGUUGUAUUGUAAAUUGUAAAACUUCUAGGAAUUCGUUUACAUGAACCCAACCCAAAAGUGCAGUUUUAUAAUAGUUUUUAUCCAUUUUUAGGUUGUUUUUUAUACAUUUUUAAUAAUUAAGCUAUAAUGCAGACGAUCAAGUGUGUGGUGGUUGGAGAUGGAGCCGUUGGUAAAACUUGUUUAUUAAUUAGUUAUACUACAAAUAAAUUUCCUUCCGAAUAUGUCCCAACAGUCUUCGACAACUAUGCAGUGACUGUUAUGAUAGGAGGGGAACCCUACACCUUAGGUUUAUUUGAUACUGCAGGUCAAGAAGAUUAUGACAGACUACGCCCCUUAAGCUACCCACAAACAGAUGUCUUCUUAGUAUGUUUUUCAGUUGUUAGUCCGUCCUCUUUUGAGAAUGUCAAAGAAAAGUGGGUACCUGAAAUUACACACCAUUGUCAGAAAACACCUUUUUUAUUAGUUGGUACACAAGUUGAUCUUCGUGACGAUGGAGCUACCAUAGAGAAACUAGCAAAAAACAAACAGAAGCCCAUAUCAAUUGAACAAGGAGAAAAACUAGCCAAAGAACUGAAAGCAGUAAAGUAUGUCGAGUGUUCCGCCUUAACCCAGAAAGGACUGAAGAAUGUUUUUGAUGAAGCGAUUCUUGCAGCUCUAGAACCACCAGAACCAGUCAAGCGCAAAAAGUGUGUCAUCUUGUAAAUCUAAUUACACACCUUUAAACCCCAUCAGAAAGUAUCAAAAGUAUUUCUAAGGAGGGACAAAAUAGCCCAAAACAAGGACAAUUUUUUAUCUCUUUCCUGAAGUUGGCAUCGAGUUGAAAAUUAAUACUUUUGGUAUAUGCGGCUGUUGGUAGGACUUUCUUGUAUUAUUUCUUCCAACAUAUUGGAUUUUCUUCCUAUUUGAUGUGUGUUUGUGCACAAUAAUUAAUUGAAAAACCAUUUUACAGGGUGUACCAUAAUUGUUAGAUACUUUAGUUAAAUGAUAAUAGAUGGCAUCAUUUGAGAUAAAAUUUGAUUUUUAUUCACGAAUUUUCUCCAUGUAUUCUUUGUUAUGUAUUAAAAUGUACAAUUUAUAUUCAAAUUGAAUCUUUGACAUCAAAGUCGUGGCGCCAUCUAGCAGCUCUUUUGAAAUUUAUACCAUUUUCGUAUUAUCUGUACAUAUUUAGUUGUAACACAGAUGGGGAGAGGCAUUAUUUUACACCCUGUAUAAUAAUUGAUUGAUUUGAAUGCAAGAAACAUACAAUUUAUUCCAGAGAAAGCUAACCACAGCAUCUAGGACAUAUCCAAAGUCCUAUAAUCUUUCAAUUUGUCUGUGCUAACUUCUAACCUCUUUUUUACAAACUUAUCAAACGUUUGACUUCUGUUAAAGCUUUUUAACUAAUAUAGAUUGUCUAAAAGGGCAGUAAUCGUUUACUUUUGUUUCUUCCGGUAUGCUCAAAAACCAUCAACACAGUUUGUAGAGGAACUAAAAUUUUUGGAGAGACUGAAGGAGACGUUGACAGGGGUUCUCAUACCUGCCUAGAGAAGAUAAUACAAUAAUACAUUUUAUAUAUUUAUUAAUAAUAUAGUAAUAAUGUUGCGCGUGCGUUGUCUACUAAGCAUUGUGGAUUUGGUCGAUCUUCCGAUUUAGUUUAAGAAAUAAAAAUAUAUGGGCAACUUUUUUUUGGUUUUGUUUCCUGGCCUUGGUGUGAAACCUUAGCCACGUAAUUACUAUAACUAUCUCGGGGGAGUAAUGUGUAGUGUGUGUUGAGUAAAUGGGUUGUUACUUAGUAAAUUCGGCUUCGUAAAGACAAAGUUUCUACCCAGACUGGAUUCGAACUUAUUGGGUUCAAAGGUAGGCUCUCUUACCACUGAGCCACGGAAGCUUGUACCCGUCUUUGUUAAGAUUAGUUUAUAGUUGGCGAAGAACAUUUCAGUAAGUUUAGCUCGCGUAUUUCGCCUCUAAUCUUGGAAAAAAUAUAUGGACGUGUUUCAAAUUUCAAACAAAUUGUUUAUUUUAAGAAAAACGUUACGAAAACAUAUUUAGUUCAAAAGUACUAAUUCCUCAAUAUAUUUCAUUAUUUGAACUAACAUUUUUUUUAUCCUGAUUAUUGAUUUAGAGAUGUGUACAAAUCAACAAUGCAUUAGUGAAUCCUUCACUCUCUCUUAGUGUACAUAAUUUGAAACAAUUAAUUUUACAUCCAAUUAUAGGUCCAUGACAUGUGACACAUUCAUGUCAUAUAUCAUUAAGUAGCAAUUGCUCAAUUCUAUGCUUUCGAAAUUAUAAAGUAAAUCCUUUCUGCACCAGUAAAACAGAAUUGAACAAUUGUGUCAGCAGAAACAUAUAUUUUUGGAUAGUAAUGGGAGUCGAAUGAGUGUCCUUAGAUAGGAUUUUGUUAUGAUUAAAGUAAACUUUAUUGUAACUUACUGAGCAUGGGGAUACGUGAGCGUGGGGAUAUACUCGGACAUUUACUCAAAUAAUCCUUAUUUUUGAAGCUUGGUUAGGCAAAUACAGAGACAACUUAAAAACAGGUUAAUUUCAAAUUUUCUUUGCCACACUCGGUGAAAUAGUCGGACAAGUUUGCUAGUAAAAUACUAAGACAACUUAAAAACACAGAUAUGUUAAAAAAAAUCAUAAUGCAGAUGUGGGGCUAAACUAAGACAUGUGGGAAUGUCCGGGUAUUUCACCACAACUAUGAUUAGAAAAGGCAAAUAUUAAUCGGAUAAUAAAAAGGUAUUUUCAGAUAUCUUCCUUUUAACCCAGGUAUUUCCAACAAAUCAAUUAGUGCAAUAUUAGGAUAUUGCUCAUAAACACCACAAAGCAGCCGAUUGAACAAAUCUUAGUAUCUCUCCAGAUAGCUUAUGAAAUUUUACAUCAGAUAGAGCAGAUAACUCAAAAGUCAAAUAUUUGAAGAUAUCCUAGUAUUGUUCUAGUGCGACGAUAUAUAUACCAAAAAAUUAUAAUUUAAAAAUAAAAAUCGACCUGUUUCGGGAUUUUUCUCCAGAGUCGCCCAUUCUCGAGAAAAUAAAUGUAUUCCAACUCAAACGUUCUCACUGUAUAAAAAAUGAGACUAAAAGACAUAAAAAAUAGACAGAUCUGAUGUUUUCGAAAUCCCUAAUAUUUCGUACAGUUGUUCACAUAAACAUCUUUUUGGAAAAAUAAUAGAGUAAUUAAUAGAAAUACGGACCGUUUUGUAGCUGUUUUAAGAAAUCCUUAUCGAAAAAACACCAUUCAACUCUCAUUUCGUCCUGACAAUUGUUUUAAAUGUAUUGAGGAUUAAGGAUUUUUUAUUUAUAUACAGGUUCGUUUCCUUCUGGUUAGGUUUUUUCGUUAAUUUAGGUUUCACAUUACGUAAAAAUGGUGCUAACACACAAAAAGAGUUUCGAAAGAGGGGCAGAUAUAUUUAAAACAAUUUACCAAGGUGCAGGGGAUCCAAAAAAUUAUCACUCUUUGUAAUGAAGAAAGUUGAAGAUUAAAAUAUGAGAAUGGAGAGAUUGUUUACGAAGCAACAUUUUUGUUCAAUGAACUGUAUUUUUGUUGGAGAGAAAUUUAAACAUUAACAAUUAAGAGAAUAUUUGCAUUGUGGACAUUGUUUGUCAGACAAAAAACCUAGUAGAAUGUUUUAACAAUGCGAUUUAUUAUUAAUCCAACGGAAAGGCAUAUUGAAUAUCCUGUACAUUUUAACAUUAAUUUAAAAAUUAUAAUUCGUGAAUAUCGACAUCCAUAUUCUAAAUAUAGACUUGGAACUAACAAAUGACUAAAAUUUUUGGAUUCCCCGAUAGCACCAACGUGAAAUUACACAAUAAAAUGUAUCAACAGUUGAAUAAUUUUUUACGCUAGAGCAUAUGUAUAUAAACUCGAGAGAAUGGAGUGUGUGUGAUAAUUUUGUAUUUUAUUUAACUGCAUUUAUGUUUGGAGUUUUAAAAUGAGUAUUGAAAACAUAUUUCCAGAUUUUAGUACUAAUUGAGCAUAUUUUUUAGUGUGUACAGAAAAGUUUGAAUGUUGUGUAAUCUAAGUAUUCUAAUAUAAAGUUAUUUAAUACAUGAAAUAAACAUUUAUAUGUAAACUAAA